GGAAGACAUCACAAGGAGGAUUCUCCACUUCUUAAGAUACCUGGACCUAGGCAUAAUGAAACGAUGUCUUGUAGGAUGGCGAGAUGGAACUCUUGGUUUUAAAGCUAAAAUGUGUGCCAGUGAUAUAGCAAAACUGACAAAUGCGAUAUUAAGAACAAAACUACCAUCGGAGAUACACCGUUCCUUGCGAGGCAUGGACUGCUUAGCGUUUUGGAAAGGUUCGGAAUGGAGGGCCUUUUUGAACUAUGUAGGCAUUGUUGUAUUGAAAGAUUAUCUUAGCAGCCAUGUCUAUAACCACUUCUUGGUACUUUUCGUUGCCGUAACCAUAUGCUCAUGUAGCAUUUAUACGGAAUAUUUAUCACUCGCUCAACACAUGUUCGAGUGUUACAUCAUAGAGUUUAAAAAUAUUUAUGGUGCAGAAUGUGUUACUAGCAAUGUUCAUAACUUGGAGCACAUCGUUGGCGAUGUAAUACGAUUUGGACCACUACCAUCUAUAUCGUCAUAUCCUUUCGAAAACGCGUUAUUCCAAAUUAAGAGGCAGCUGCGACAUGGACAAAACAGUUUGGAACAAGUUGCUAAUCGAAUCACCGAAAAGAGCAGUUUACCUCUAAAGAUACAACAUGCUGAAUAUCCAGCGAUCAAGAGGAUAGGCAAUAUUGUUCAGUGUUAUAUUAAAAGUGAUUUUUUUCUUAGCACAAACUUUAAAAAUUCUUGGUUCUUGACAAAAACAAAAGAAAUAGCUCGAAUGACAUCGGCAUGCAUGGAUGAAAAUAGAAAAAUUAUAAUAACGGCUAGACUGGUUCAAAAACCAGAAUUAUUUUUUCCUAAACCUAUACGUUCAUCAUACUUGCAUAUAUAUAAAGUAAAUAAAUUGUAUUUUAAUUCUGAAAACUCCUAUAAACUCGACGAUGUAUUUUGUAAACUAGUAGCUAUUAGAUACAAAGGUAACGAGUUUGAGUUCACUCCACUUCAACAUACUUUACCCAAGGUAAAAUGA